AUGGUCUGGUUUGCCGAUCAGGGCAGGGAAGGAGUUGAAUUGGCCAUCAUCCUGCAAGAGCUGCCAUCCAAGCCGCUUUCAACUGUCGGCGCCGUGUCCCAUGCUGCAACCGUGGGUUCGCCUGGGGCCUGUGUUCUGAGCCUCUCCUUCGUGGUGACCCUGAUCUUUGUCGUCGUUCUGUGGGCUGUGAUGCUGGAGGCGAACCAAGCGACGAAAUUGGCAACGCGGCAUCUCAAUGCCGGCGCCGGCCCCGAGGACCCGCGCGUUCCCACAAAAAGUGGACGCUUCGAGGCUGGCCCGGAACCUGGUCUGUUGCCGCAGUUUGGUGCUGAUGUCCUGACAGCUCCGGCACCUCCCAUUUGCGAGAGGUUGAUUCUGCCACAUGGUGCUGCCCAGUUCAGGAUACCUCUCGAGGCGCUGGACAGGUUGCGAGCUGGGACCUUCCCAGUGCCUAUCCUCGGCCUCAGUGGAAGGCAGCCUUUGCUGCAUGCAUGGCUCCCGCUCUGCACGAAGACCCCACGUGGCACAGCACAGGGCCACGGUCAGUCGCAGAUUGGUCACCUGUUGCAGCUCACAACAACUCCGGCAGCGCGGCACCCACAUGCCAGCAUUGGGCUCUUGCACCUCGGGGCCAUGGCGCAGCGAGCGCCCACGGAGAUCUUCGGGCCAUCAAACCAGAAGUAUGGCUCUAUGACCCGAUCCAAUGACAAAUGGCAAGUGCAUCACCACAGUGAUGGGUCGGAGCAGCUGGUGAUGACGAUGCGGACGUCCACCGCGUUUCUUGGCUUCUCUGCCUAUGCCCCAGAUGGGCGGCAGUUGGCAAGUGCCACGCGCAUCAGCCUGAAUGGUGGCCCCAACGCCGACACCCUGGCGAUCAGCGCAAGUCCCGGCACCGAUGCCCUCUUGGCCUUGCUGUGCAUUCUUGCGGUGGUCUUGAGCAUGAUGGAGAAGGUGCCACCUCCUUCGGAGGCUACAACGGAGAGCGCCGCACCAGCCUACAACCUCCCCCCGGGCUACGAGGACGUGACUCAGCCGAAACCGACUUCUCGGGCGUCUCUGCCGGAAGGUCGGCAGGUGCCCAGCCGGCCAAGGGUGAGCUUUACCCACAGUGCGCCAGCGUCGGCACAGAGCCUUCCGAGCCCUGGAUUUUCGCAAUCGGCUCAAGGCGCCACCCCCAAGUCCACCCCGUCCUUGCCGCCUACAGACACGGCCUUCUUACCAAGGUCGGACCAUGCACCCCAGCCCCGCGAACUGCCAUCAAGCGGUGUGCGGCCAGGCGUCCAGACGAACCUCCCAAUCUUUCCACCGCUGGGUACGAACCCCCAGCAGCCCGGACAGCCUCCGAGAUCGGGGCCAGUUUUCCGUGGCUAG